AUGCUCGUCUCCACCGUCGCCACCUUCACAGCCACCACCAUAAUAGACGCCAUGCUGCCGUCUCCAACUGUCCGCCAGCCUCAACAGCCACCGAACCCCAUCAAGAGGCCUGGCUCGUCCUCCCACCGUCGUCACCCUUCAGCAGCCGAACCACCACCAUCAGAGGCCAUGGCUCGUCCCACCGUCGCCACCUUCACAGCAGCCCAACCACCAAUCAGAGCCAGUGGGCUGCGUCUCCCACCGUCGUCAGCCUUCAGCGACCACCACCACCAUCAAGAGCCAUGCUCGUCUCCACCAGUCGCAGCACCUUCACAGCCACCACCACCAUCAAGAGCCAUGCUCGUCUCCACCGUCGCCACCUUCACAGCCACCACCACCAUCAAGAGCCAUGCUCGUCUCCACCGUCGCCACCUUCAACAGCCACUCACCACACCAUCAAGACCAAUGCUCGUCUCCACCAGUCGUCACCUUCACCAGCCACCACCACCAUGCAAGAGGGCCAUUGCUCGUCUUCCACCGGUUCCGCCCAACCUUCACAGCCACACACCACCCAUCAACGAGCCAUGCCUCGUCUCCACCGUCCGCACCUUCACCAGCACCCCCACGCAUCAAAGAGCCAUGCCUCCGUCUCCACGCGUCCGCCACCUCAAUGCAGCACCACCACCAUCAAGAGCCAUGCUCGUCUCCACCGUCGCCACCUUCACAGCCACCACCACCAUCAAGAAGAAUAACAACAAGAGUAAUGAUAAUAGGCAAGUAGGCAAGUAG